AAAUGUCUUGCCGAAUCACUAUGAAUUGCCCUAGUUAAAAACAUAAAAUUAUAGCCAAAUUAUGCAUGCAAGUAUGACUAGAUACCGCCGCUUCUUCUUCCACGCGCGUUCCCUAACCUUCUUCACCGAAACAAUUUGCCUUCCCGCAGCCCACGGCCGCUUGCGCAGCGGGGUGAAUCACGCACUCGCGGCAGCACAAACCCGGCAGCACACCCCCGCCGCCCCACGCACACACACACACACACAUCUCGGGUGCAGGGUCGCGGCGGCUGGUACGGGGGGGUACGGCCCCGCGUUCCCCCCGCGUCACGGAGGGGGCAGGCCGAGCCCCGCCGCCCGGCCUGGUGGAACGGCCGCCGCAGGCCCCGGCUCGGCAGGGCGGGGCUGUGGGGAGCCGGGACACCCGCCCCCCCCCCCCCUCAGCCAGGAGGGCGGUUCCACUCGCCUCGCCUUUGCCCGUGGCCAGCCUUGCGUGGGGGGAGCCGCCGCCACCACCGCGGGUCUCUUUGUGGCCGCGGCCGCUUUCGCUGCCGGCGUUAGGCGGGGAGGGCUUGGCGGGGAGGCGAGCCGCGGCAGCCAUGGGGCUGCAGCCCCUGGAGUUCAGCGACUGCUACCUGGAUAGCCCCUGGUUCAGGGAGCGGGUGAGAGCCCACGAAGCCGAGCUGGAGAAGACCAAUAAGUUUAUCAAGGAGUUGCUCAAGGAUGGGAAAAACCUGAUCGCCGCGACCAAAAACCUUUCAGCAGCACAGAGAAAAUUUGCCCAUUCUCUGAGAGACUUUAAAUUUGAAUUCAUUGGUGAUGCAGAGACAGAUGAUGAAAGAUACAUAGAUGCAUCACUUCAUGAGUUUUCAAACUUUUUAAAAAAUCUGGAAGAACAAAGGGAAAUUUUGGCCCUCAGUGUUACUGAAACUCUGAUCAAACCUUUGGAAAGAUUUAGGAAAGAGCAGCUAGGAGCUGUAAAGGAGGAAAAGAAGAAGUUUGAUAAAGAGACAGAGAAAAACUACAGUUUAUUAGAAAAGCAUUUGAAUUUAUCAGCUAAGAAGAAAGAGCUACAAUUACAAGAGGCAGAUAACCAAGUGGAGCAGAAUAGAAAACACUUCUAUGAGCUGUCCCUCGAGUAUGUAUGCAGGUUGCAAGAGAUACAGGAGCGGAAGAAGUUUGAGUGCGUGGAACCUAGUUGUUCUUCCCUGUGUCAUUCGCUUCUUUCCAACAACCUGAACCAAACAGGAAAGGUGCUAUCAUUUUUUCAGGGUUUGUUCACUUUCUACCAUCAGGGAUAUGAACUUGCUAAAGACUUCAAUCAUUACAAAAUGGCCCUGCAGAUAAAUAUACAAAAUACACGAAAUCGUUUUGAAGGAACAAGGUCAGAGGUAGAGGAGCUUAUGAACAAGAUCAGAAGAAAUCCUCAGGAACAUAAGAGAGCAAAUCACUUCACAAUGGAAGGCUAUCUCUAUGUACAGGAAAAAAGACCUGCUCCCUUUGGUUCCAGUUGGGUAAAGCACUAUUGUACUUAUAGGAAAGAGACAAAGAAGUUCACCAUGAUCCCAUUUGAACACAGAUCAGGAGGGAAAGUUGGUGAUGAGGAACUCUUCGUCCUUACGUAUUGUACCAAAAGAAAUAUAGAUACUAUAGACAGGCGAUUCUGUUUUGAUUUAGAAGCUUCAGACAGGCCUGGAGUUCCUGUGACCAUGCAGGCGUUUUCUGAGGAAGACAGGAAGCUGUGGAUGGAAGCGUUGGAUGGGAAAGAAGCUCUGUUCAUCAAUUUGAAUAGAGCAAAUGCAAAACGAGAGGGAAGUGCACAGUUGGAUAAGAUAGGGUUCACUGUCAUCAAAAAGUGCAUCAGUGCUGUUGAAACACGAGGUAUAAAUGACCAAGGAUUGUACAGAGUUGUGGGGGUGAGUUCAAAGGUCCAGAGACUUCUGAGUUUGUUGAUGGAUUCAAAAACCUGCAAUGAAGUUGACCUGGAAAACUCUGUAGAUUGGGAAGUUAAGACAAUUACUAGUGCUAUGAAGCAAUAUCUGCGAAGCCUUCCAGAGCCACUGAUGACAUACGAGUUGCAUGGAGAAUUCAUCAUUCCUGCCAAAAGUGGGAGUCCUGAAUCUCGAGUUAAUGCUGUUCACUUCUUGGUCCAUAAACUCCCAGAAAAGAACAAAGAGAUGCUGGAAAUUCUGGUGAAACAUUUAGCGAAUGUUUCAAAGCAUGCCAAGAGGAAUCUAAUGACUGUGGCAAAUCUAGGGGUAGUAUUUGGACCAACCUUAAUGAGGCCACAGGAAGAAACUGUAGCAGCCAUCAUGGACCUGAAGUUUCAGAAUAUCGUUGUCGAAAUCCUGAUAGAAAAUCACGAGAAGAUUUUCAAAACCCUGCCUGAUGCCACUUUCCCUGAGCCAAUCUCCAUGUCAGUAUCUCCUCCAAAUGCCCCACCAAGGCAGUCAAGAAGACAAGGACAACGUAUUAAGAGGCCUCUGGCUGUUUACAAUCUCUGUCUUGAGCUGGAUGAUGCUGACAGUCACAGCUCUCCCAGAGAAGACACCCCAACUGGGAGCAUGGAUUCUCUUUCUUCCCAGUCUCCGACACCUGCCUUCUCUAGUAGCCCCCCCGGGCUCCUGGAUGGAAAUCACCUUAUUAUGGACAGCGGAGAUCUUGCAGGCUGGACAACUAAUCUUCCUGGUCAAAGCCGCCCAUCGAUGGUCUCAUGGAUGAAUACUCCGUCUGCUAACGCAGUUGCUCCAAAUAUUGCACCAUCCACUUUCUUCUUCCCUAACCCUGCCACUGGGAGUGACAGAGCAGUGGGAAGUGUUGCCCACCGAAAAGCAAGAGCAGUUUAUCCAUGUGAAGCAGAACAUAGCUCUGAAUUAUCAUUUCAUAUAGGAGCAAUUUUUGAAGAUGUGCAAUUUUCCAGGGAACCAGGAUGGCUAGAAGGCACGCUAAAUGGCAAGAGAGGACUUAUUCCACAAAAUUAUGUUCAGUUUUUAUAGCUUUGUGCAUUGAACGCCAAGAAGGUGUACAUGACUGCAAAGACCAUUGGAGUAUGCACAAACCAUUUCCAGAUGGAGCAACAGUGGGCCAAGUCAGUACAGCUCUCCAGCCUUAAACCUCAUAGCUUGGAGGAGUUUCAUUUGGUGUAUUCUCAUGGUGUUUCAGCAGCGACUGCCUGCCAUACAGCUUUUAGGCAAUCCUUCUCUUGGCAGUGACCCAAGCACCGAAGGUGACUUUUGGACUUCUGUGAAGAAGAUCGAGUUCUUUAAUUUGCUCCUUGGCUCAGUAGGAGGGAGGUAGUUGCACCGGUACCUGGCUGGGUACCGUGUCGCAUGGGCCCACAGCUCUGUCAACUCCUUUGUGGCCUUAAAGGGUCAUUCCAGCGGCAGGAUGGUGUUUGUGUGGCCAGACUCAGUUUUUGUGGCUGCCAGUUGGUGGAAAAUGUUGAAAGAUGAGAGGGAAUGUAAAUCUUGGGUAUUAGCCUAGCAGGCGUGGCAGCUAGGUAUGCCGGCCUGCCAGAUAGCGAAGCUGUGAUAACUUGAAGCUUAUGAGCUUUACAAGUUGCUUCCAUUUGUUUUCCUGUUGCUUUAAACGUGAAGUGUGUGUUUGAUCUUGUCCUGGCUGCUGUUUUCCAAAAUUCUCAAUGUAUUUCUCAGUUCUAGUUCUGUGAUGUGGUUUGGAUUGUUGUUCUUUGUUUGUUUGUUUGUUUUUUUUCCCCCUUCCUUUUAACUGAGGUGGUUUAAAAAGGCAGAUCUAUAGAGAGGAAAAAAAGACUUGGUGUCUAUUCCAUCCAGUCCUGUGACCCUAUUUGUCUUUAGGUGAGAUGUUGUGAGACUCCUGUUACUUCUGGAGCCACAAAGAACCCAAACCAGAAGAAAACUUCUCUACACUGAGCAGAGGUAAUACUAAUCCAAACUUUCUCAUGUCCUGGAUGUUGUCUAAAGGCAGUGGUGUGAGCCGAGCCAGAUCAGAUCUGGCUUUCAGGCUAACCACAUUGCCUCUUAGGAAUUUAGUUGUGGUAACUGCUGCCCACCAUCUGAGUUUCCACAUCAGCCUGGUCAUACUAAUGCUGAGUACAGACGUGCACAGCCGAGUAGCCGUGGCACAUCUCGUUCUUCAUCCUCACUGCUGAGAAGUGCUGUGAAUGAUGCCCUGGUACUGUCUCUUUGGAAGCAGAGAUUAGAGGAUGCUAAAAAUUAAGAAGUGUAUAAAGUCAGGCCCCAUUCCCAUCCUUUGAGAUUGUUUUCUUUCCUGAAGCUGGGCCUUAGGGCAUUUCUCUUGUCUGUUUUUUCUAUGCCUUGGUAGAUUUGGGAAGAGCAGAGUAAUGCGCCGAAAACUUGAGGCGGGAAGGAGGACAGGGAAGUGGUUGUGGAGAAAGCCAGGUGAAGGGCUCUUCUCUUUUGGCCUGGCAGCAGCAGUGGUCGUUCCCCAUGGGCCUGACUCUGUCCCCUCCUGGGAACUGCUCGCGGGUACAGGCUGUCACAGCUGUGGGUACAGGCUCAGGUUUGGUUCCCCCUCCCUUGCUCGGUGCUGGUUGCUGCGUGCAGGGGCACGUACUUGUCCAUUUUCAAAAGCUGAGGCUCCUGGUAGUGAAUGUGUGACACAGGCUGAAAAUUAGAGAGGGUGAGUUAGGAAAAAAAAAACAAACCAGUUCUGUGCUUUUUAUGCAAGAUGUUUGCCUUGCCAUGACUGUGAAACCAGAGACUGAAUCCCUCAGCCUGGGGAUUAAUGUUGUGUAUGUGUUUGCUGAGAAAUCUGCUGAGACUCCUGACUAGCUGGGAUCCGUGGGAAGUUACAGUCCGUGUUAGUCACUGGACAGUGUGCAGCUCUGUGUCUUGGCCAGGCAGCAUUUUCACUCUGCUGGGUGAAAAACCCCCAGGGUCUUCCAGCUGCUGAAUGUUCUUAAUCAUUGUCUCAGCUGGUCUUGAUGGCAGGUUUCCUUCUGAUGCCCAGGACUGAAAGAAAAAUCUCAUUGGCUGAUUUAUCCUCCCUGUAAUGAAAGUAAGUGUUCCUGCUACAUUGCUUACAGCUUUUGCUAGCUGAGCCUCUGCAAUUGUAUCACAGAAAAGACUCGGGGAGAAACUUGCCUUUCCAAAUGCUCUGUUCCUUGUUCUCUUAACCCAUUUCACAAUUCUUACCUGGUUUGCAAGUUAAAGGAAAAAGCUGCUGACUGAGUGCUUAUGUAGGCUGUAAAUGCACCAGUGCUAACACGGUUUAACUCAAAGUCUUCGCUGGAGUUGGACCUUUUAAGCUGAAUUGUGCCUCGACGUCAUUUUCUACAUCAGAGUUCAACAGUGUGCUCUCAUCUGGGCUUGACGUAACCACAGGUAAGCACCCAAAUGAACUCCAUCCUAUCAGCAUCUACAAUGAAAGUGUUCUUUUAAAAUCUUUACGGCAGAGCAUGUUUUUACCUAGCAAAAUCUUGGAAAUGAAAGGGCAUUUUUUCAUUCCUUUCUAGCUUAGUAAUUCUGUACUUAAUAAACUCCCAGUCUCUGUAGAUACCUGAAAGCAAGCAGUGUCCCAGCUUGAGGUCAGAUUAUGAGUUUCGUUGUUUUUAUGUAGUGAUAGCAUUUUCUUAUUUCUAGAACAGCAUAUGACAGAUACAUCUGCUUGUAAACAUAUGGGAAAUUUUUCUUAACACUGCUGAUCCUCUACUAUUCUUUCCUUCUGACAAUUCAGCAAACAGAAGGCAGGUGCAAGGAUUUUUAGCAAUAAAAAGUUUGUGUAACUUGUUAUUAAAAAAACAGCAUGCAAUUAAAUGGUGGUCUUACACCACAGAGCUAGCUUUGUGCAGAACUUAGCGGUGAAUUUUUGAGGAGGUGCACAGAACAAACCAGGAGAGCAAGAGUUUGAUUUCCCCUUCCAAACAUCUUACUAACUGGAAAAGACCUGACUGGGGAAAACCUUGUGUAUAUGGGACAGGGAAUCCCUGUUUCCAUGAGAGAAGUCCUAACUUUGGUCAGGGGGUAGAGCAGCUCUAGGUUAGCUGAAACUGGAAGCCAGACUUGCCUGGCUCUUGAAGGUUGCUGGGUUUGUUUCUUGGAGUGGGAUGUAGCUUGUGCGUGUAACAGUGGCAGCACAGCACUGGGCAAGCAGAGUUAUCCAGGUUAAGUGAACCCAAUUCCUCACGGUUGGGCAUUCCUUAUUCUAUCAUGUGAGCUGCUGCUCUCUGGCUGAAGCCAUCUUAUGUGCUGCAUCAUCCAAAUUAACAGAGCUCGAGGGAACCGAAUUUCUAGAUGCACAGAGAGAGAUGUUAUAUUACAUUGUUAGUUACUUUAUGUUACUUAAUAUUGUUUCUAGAUGAGCAGAAGCUUGGCUCUAAAGGUAUCACUGUACCAGCACCUAUCUGAGAUUAAAAUGCAAGAAAUACUUGCAAUCAAACCAGUUUAAUUCAUGUAUAUUUGUACAAUUGGUAUAAAAAAAAAAAAAAGAAAAAAGAAAAAUAGGUACUUGCAGACAUUAACAUAAAGACCAAACAAUAUUUUCUAUUUAUUUAAAAAGCUUUAAACAUACAGAAGCAAACCCCUAAUUAUAAAUGCAUCAUUAUGCAUAGAUUUUACUGUUUACACCAUACUGCUGGCUGCUUUUAUUUUUCAUCCAGGAAUCUAUUUAAACUCCAAGAAUUCUUAAACAUUCCUCUGAGCUUCCUGGCCUCAGAACUGCUGUCUAUCUUAUCAAGUCAUUGACCUCCAGCUGAAAACAUUGCUCUAAAAAAAGAAAAAAGUCAAAUCUUUAAUAAACAAUUAAAAGUGCAUUAACUGUAGAAUUGUUUAAUUUCAUAAAUGUUUAAACAAGUCAGUGAAAAACACGACCCUGUGAAUUAGCUUUUUGCAUUAUUGAUUGUAAAGUAUCUUUUUAAUAAGAUUUUGAUAUUGCAAACUUUAGUCUUUUCUAUUUUAUUUUGCACAACUGUUCAGUCGCGCGAUGUGUAGUAUUCCUGAAAUACCCACUGCAGUACAUUAACACUAUUUUACAUUUUUCACUGUGUAUACAAUGCUCUUGCUGUAUAUCCCCGUUCCUUCUUACAACAAAAUAAUUUAGCUCAAUGAACAGAAGCCCACUUCUAAAAGGUGUUUUAGUUUGUCUUGUAUUUUGCAGGAGACAAAUGCCUAUUUCAUUCUAAACAAAUUCAAAAGAACGUAACUUCCUGGUAGCUAAAAACUAGGGUGGUGGUUGUUUUGUUGUGUUUUUUCUUUUUUUUUUUUUUUUUUUAUUUUUUUUUAUUUUCCUCUGUACACAGGUUUAGAUAAAAAAAGUGAUGGCUAUUCUGCUUAAGUGUCCUUGAUAAGAGAAUACUGCCUCUUACAACAUCUAUAUCCAAUUAUAUCUAUGACUUCAAUGAUCUCUAGCAAAAAAUAAUAAUCAAUGAAUGGUUUCAUAAACAACAGGUGAUUAAAGUAAAGGAUUUAUUAUAAUCUGCUUACAGUUGUUUGCAAAGACAGACAUACGUUUUUGCAUAAAGAUAUAAAUUGCUUUUUAAAACUAAUUUAGUGUGUUUAAUUAUAUGAAGUUUCUGUGAAUUAUGAAUUGUACCAAACCAAGAUUAAAAGUAAUAAGGUACAAAAAUAGGAGCAAACAGACAACAAUUUGGACUGGGACAGGCAUUUAACAGUGAAGUGUAGAAUAUGGCUUUGCUGUUUUAAUCAAGCAAAGUUACUCUGAGACAGAAAAGGAGGCAGUAACUUUGUUAAUAUAAAAAGCUGCUGCAGACUGUAUUCACCCAGAACCUGGCUUUGAAAUUUUCUAUUUUAGACUUUUUUUUUUUUUAAAAAAAAAAAAAAAAGGUAAAUGAAAAAAGAUGGAUGUAUGACUGUGUCUUUACUGUAAACAACCAGUCUGCAUGCUGUGUAUCUCACGAUGGAAGUUUGGCUUUCAUAUUGCUGUGCAGGUCAGUAUUUAAAGAUCUGCCUAUGAAUUAGACUUCCAAAAUGCAAAUAAUAUAUGUAUGUAUAUAUUUAUAUAUAAAAAACCUCUCUGAAUACAGUCUUUACAGAUUACCCAUUGCAUAAGGCAGGUGUCAUUUAAAAAGACAAGCAGCACUGACUGUCUUCAGUGCACCAAACCGCACCUCAAAAUUUGGACUCGGAAAGGGUGUAGAAUUCUAAAUUCGACCACCAUUUAAAAGAAAUGCUACAUUCUGACCAGCCAAGGGACAAACUAGAGCUCAAAAACACCAGUGGCACCCAGAGAGAACACUAGAGAUUAGGACUCUGAAAAACUAUUCUAGUUAAACAUGAGCAUAUGGUAGCAACAGUUGAGCCUCAGAAAAGUUCACCUGUCCUCUCUAUUCUACUCCAAAAUUUUGUAUUUGCUUAUAAAUUGUGAAAUAGUGAAAAUCACCUCAAAAAUUUUCCUUUGCAGUCUUAUUCUAGAGAAAACAUUUUUGAGACAAAAUCAGACCAACUGAGUUGAACUUGUAGUGUGAACAUUUGUCUUCUCAGAUGUAUUCUGAUUAUUAAAAAAAAUGCUUACAAAAUUACACAGAGUUUUAGUUUAUCACUAAAAAUUCUACUCAGCGAAUCAGCCCGUAUCAGUACCUUACCAUCCCUCUCACCAGUACAAAUCUGUUUCAACAUACUUACUGUAAUGAUCUGCAUGUUCCCUUCGUAAUAAUCAGAAAUCGCUCUCCCCCAUCUGAAAUAAGAAUCUGACCUUUUAAGAUGUUUUAUGUAUCCAGUAUUCAAAGGAAAAACAAACAAUCUGGGAAACCUUAAUAAAAAAAAGAAAAAUCAUUCAACAUCUUACUUACCCCUGUUCCCCUGAGAGAGAAAGGGAAGAGAGGGCAAGAAUCACUAUAUCAUUAAGCUGGCAAAAGCUUUGGAGAGACCGUGAUUUGUCUUGUUAAAUGAAACCUUCGUAAAGUGGCAAACACAACAGAGUGUAGUUUCCUACAGAAAUAUGAAGCAGGAUUUCUAUGAUGUGCUCAAGUCACAUACGCUUGCAAGCGAGACAAAGGGAGAAAAAUGUAGAGGAAAAUAGAAAGGCUUAAAUACAAAUGAAAAGGUUAAGUGUGGUUAUUUACAAUCGGUACUGUAGGAUGGUAAAUUAGAUAUGAUGCUAAAAAAGGCACAGCUUUCCCUUUCUUAAAUACACUGUAAACGGUUCAUUAUGCAUGCAGAACAUUUCACUUUACAAAAAAAUUACCUUGUUUGUUUAGACAAAGAUAGUACUUAAAUAGUCUCCAGCAAAAUAGAGUUCUUUCAAAAAUACUUUCCCAUUCAUCCUAUUAACCAUUAAAGAUUUUUUUUGUCUCAUUUACAAAAGUUCCUUACACCUUAUUUCAGGUCCUUCACAAUUUAUACAUACAGCAAUGUACAGUACAGCAAAAGACUGCAAAAAAUUAUUUGUAAAGCCAGCACAAUAGAUACUAUAAAUUGAUACCAGGGCAUUUGUUUUCACAUCUUAUCCUUUUUAAUUAAAUAGUAAAUGGACACUUAACACAGUGUAUAUCCUCUAUGAUGGGAUAACAUGGGAUAACAAAUGCCACAGGUGGGGAUAACAGAGUAUUCCACACCAAAUGUUCUGUUAUUACUUUACACGUUAGGGUUUGUGUGUGUGUGUGUAUAUAUGUGUGUAGAUAUAUAGCUUUUGUUUGUUUUUUUUUUUUUUUUUUUUUU